GCCCGCGGAUCAAGGUUACGCCGCUCUCACUCAUGUGCGACAUUAUUAGCGUUUGCUUCUGUUUUUUAACUAAUUAUUGGCUAGCUGAGGCGAAAUUUGUCGUGUUGCGGUUCAACAUCCUUACUAAAUAUAUACUACGUCGAACAGGUGCAGGCCUCCGUGAUAGCGUUCUUUCUCAAAACAACGAUCACGAGCAGACUGGUGCUGAGUUUCAAAUCCAAGCAAAUCUUCCGCUCCAUUGCAACCCGUUCGUUUCGCACUCCACUAUUCAUUUCAAUGUGGCUUCACAGUUCUUGUGGAGUGGUUAGCUGAGAAACGCCCCUGGUCCUUCCCAUGCUUAGAUAACGGAACCUCCACAAUCUGCAACUUUCUUACUCUUUACCUGCCUCACCCACAGCAAUAUCGGUAGACCUGUUCUUUCUUGCAAAACUUAUACGAUGGGAGA